AUGAAAGCUGAUGGAUUCGUAGAUCGAUACAAGGCAAGAUUGGUGGCUCAAGGGUACAAACAGGAGUAUGGAAUCGACUACAAUGAAACAUUUGCUCCGGUAGAUAAGAUGACGACAAUACGUAUAUUGCUUGCUUUAGCGUCAAUAAAAAGUUGGAAGUUACAUCAACUGGACGUCAAGAAUGCUUUCCUCCACGGAGACUUGCAAGAAGUGGUCUAUAUGAAUCCACCACCUGGUUAUAAAUAUUCUAGCGCAAAUCAGGUGCUGGUUUUACUCAGAGCAUCUCAGAUUAUUCAUUAUUCCUACGUCGGUCCAGCUCAGAUGAAGGACCUAGGUAAGCUAACAUAUUUUUUGGGCUUGGAGGUGAGUUAUGGAAAAGAAGGCAUACGAUUAUGUCAACAAAAGUAUGCAGAAGAUCUUGUUCAGUUAGCUAAUCUCACAGAUGACAAGAAGGUUCAUACUCCAAUGGAAGUGAAUACGAAAUACAGAAAAGAGGAAGGAGAACUUUUUGGAGAUCAAACUUUAGUGAAGAAGAUGCGACUGAAGAAUCUGAUGGAUCUGAGAAAUGAAGUGAAGAUGCGAUUGAAGAGUGAAAGAAAGAAGCUGAGAAAUGCGACUGACGCCGGCCAGAGUCUUGACGGGCUGACUGGUGAGGGCGUGAUGCGACUGACGCCGGCCUGA